CAAACGUUUCAAUCGAAUGGCAUUUAGAUUCUAGAAACAAUACAAUACCUAAAAAGAAAUUUUUAAGUACAUGCAAUUAUUUUAGUUGAAUUUGUGCAAAAUAAUUUUCAAAAGAAAGUGUAAUAUUUUAAGUUGUACUGUUUGAGAGUGAUUUUCAUUAUCAUUAACCUAAAAAGUUUUGUUUUUAAUGGCAUAUAAAAGACCGUCUAGUGCACUAGCCAUUGUUCCAGAGACAAAAAAGGCUAAAAAUGAGUUGUAUCAGUAUUCUAAUAGGGACAAAGCGGUUGUUGAAACAGCCCGAACAUCUAGCUUAUUAGCGCCCAUUAUGUUGUUGGAAGGCCAUCAGGGAGAAUUAUACUGUUGUGAAUUCCACCCAAGUGGUGAUUUUCUUGUCUCUUCUGGAUUUGAUAGACAAAUUUGGCUUUGGAAUGUAUAUGAUGAAUGUGAUAAUAUAAUGAAUUUGAGUGGGCAUACUGGAGCUGUUAUGGAAGCACAUUUUAACACAGACGGAACUGAGAUAUACACUUGUUCUACUGACAAAACUUUGGCAAUAUGGGAUAUUACUACUGGAAUGCGUGUAAGGAAAAUGAAAGGGCAUCAAAACUUUGUCAAUUCCGUUCAAAGAACGCGGCGGGGAGUACAAAUGCUGUGCUCGGGUUCAGAUGAUAAAACUAUCAAGAUGUGGGAUGCCAGGAAAAAAUUUUCAGUACAGACUUUUGAAAAUAACUAUCCAGUGACGGCAGUUUGUUUUAAUGACGUUGGAGAUUUAAUAAUAUCUGGCGGCAUUGAUAAUGAUAUUAAAGUUUGGGACUCUAGAAAAAAUGAAAUUGUUUAUAAGCUGCGAGGACAUGCAGAUACAAUUACCGGCUUAUCUUUAUCACCAGAUGGAUCCUAUUUACUUUCAAAUUCAAUGGAUAAUACUUUAAGAAUAUGGGAUAUCAGACCUUAUGCUCCCGCGGAGAGAUGUGUAAAAAUUUUUGGGGGGCAUCAACAUAAUUUUGAAAAAAACUUAUUGAGAUGUGCAUGGUCCUUGGAUGGUAGUAAAAUAUCAUCUGGCUCAGCAGAUCGUUACGUUUACGUUUGGGACACUACAAGCAGAAGAAUAUUAUAUAAAUUGCCAGGCCACAAUGGGAGUGUUAAUGAUGUAGAUUUUCACAAAAAUGAACCUAUAAUACUUUCUGCGUCCAGCGACAAAACAUUGUACAUGGGAGAAAUAGAAUGAAUAAUAUAUAAGCUUACAUAAUAUAUGAGAAAAGAUUAACUCUCUUUUAUAAUGUUUGUUAAUGUACAACAAAAAAUUAUGAAACCACAGUCCCUUAAAUGUAUUGAAAUAACAAAGGUUUUCAUUUUUGUAAGGUAAUAAAGCAAUUGUAUUGAAUACGAAAAUGAGAAAGCUGUUGAGAUUUCAUAAUACCAAACCUUUUCCUUUAAAUAACAUAACAUUAUAAGAUUUUAGUUUGCAGAAA